GUCAGAGCCCCCCCAAAGAAAUUGGGAACUUCCCUUGAGACAGGUACAGGUUUCCCCUUGGAGAUGAGUGCUGUUGGAGGCACGAGCGUGUCUGAGAGGAAGUCUCCCCUGAGCAUGGGAGUCGGAUUAACCCACAAAGGAAAGGAUGACUUAGGAGAGAGGAGGGUGUUCACGGGAACAGUAUCUCCCACGGAGUGUGGGCUCAGAGUAGGAUUAGGAAAAGAAGAUUCCCGGCGGAGGGAGAGCCCCUUGGUUAGUAAUAAAUAUGAGGAGAGGACGGCAUCAUCAGAAACAAAAUCUCCUUUGAACAAGGGGCUUGAAUUUAGAUUAAAAAGACAGGAUAUUUCGAGGACCGCCAUGGAGAGGAGUAAUUUAGGAGUCAACAGGGUCUCAGCCUCACAGGAAACAAGACCUUCCCUGGGUAUGUUGCCAGGAAACGAGGGUCUUCUGGCAAGGUGUUCUGGAAGGAGAACAGGGCAUCCCUUGGGUAUGGUGUGUGAAAGUCCACAGGCUGUGGGGGGCAGGAGAGGUCCUGUGGCUGGUGCCCCUGAAGGGUUUGGGGCCUCAGUGGACAAGCAGCAGGCUUUGGGUGUGGAACCUAGCCAGGAACUGGGACAAGGGUCUACCUGUGUGGUGAUGAAGCCCAGUGCAGAGAUGAUGUCUCCUGUGGAGGUGGACAUUGGGCUGCCCCAACCAGAGGCGCCAGAUGCAAUGGAGAAUACAGAGCCCCUAAUAGGCUUGGCGAUAGAACCUUCUGAGUGCCAGUUUGCCCAACAACCUGAAGAGGAAACGGAGGCUGAAAACUUUGAACCCGGAGUGGAACCUCCAGAUCGCAUCAGACCCAUCUACUCUGGGAAAUUUUUUGAUCGAAUGCCGUGCUAUCCAAGUGCAGGGAAAGUUAUUCCGAUUGGAUACAGAGUUGCAACCUGCUUGACUGAAAAACUUCCAAGGCCAAUUACUCCACCUGAGGCAAAAAAAUUUUUCAACUUCAGAUAUCCACCUGCUGGAGCUGAAAGAGUAUUUUAUGGCAGAGCAAAUGACCCUCAAAUUGCACCGUAUUUGACCCAUGGAAUAAGAUCUAAAGCUUCACUACCGGCAAAGGUAUUGAUAAACCCACAGCCUAUUACAACAUUCCAACAGAAAAUUAAAGAUAAAAAGGAAUCAAUAUAUUUUCGUAAUCAACGAGCACCAUUAGGAAAAUCUCAUGAUCAAUCACCAGGAUUACCUAAAGGCCUGGAUGUACUCAAUACGACAUUUGGAACAACAGUCAUCAGAGAUAUAUCUGCUCGAGAUGUGGUGAAUCCACCGAAGCCCUAUCAUGAAGUAUUUAAAGAAGGAGAGGAAGGGCAUGACCUAUAUGUUGUUUCUCACAAUGAUUAUUAUGUGGGAGAAGCCAAGAACCGAAAGUAUAACCCGUCAACUUUCCAUAGGUUUAACCUGUAUGGGGUCUCAACACCACAUUUUAAUGAUGGACGAACCAUGGCAAAAAGUUUAUAUUGGCUCCACGAAUUACAAAUGAAAAGAGGAGCGAAGGUUGUAUCCAAGAGAAUUGAUGAUUUCAAAGAAAAGUUUCAACAUAAACUUGGGAGAGUCUUUGAUCCCAUUGCAGAAACAAUGAAUGUUCAUCCGGACCACACAUUUGGAGCUUGUCUCCGUCCUGACGACUAUGGCUCUGAUGACCUCAUCUAUAAUAGACUCCCAAGUGAAUAUCUUCGAGGCAAGGAUAGGGAGCGAGCCCUGGUUGCAGCAGUUCGUCAUCACUUGAAGAACGUUAACUGCGAAAGGUUUGACACUUUGCUGGAAGCCUUCAGGCACUAUGACAAGAAGGGAGAUGGGGUGAUAGAUAAAGAUGAACUUUUGGAAGCUUGUGACCAAGCCAACUUGCGCUUAGAUGAGAAGCUCCUGGACCAGCUAUUUGCCUACUGUGAUGUGGAUAAUGAUGGGCUGAUUAACUACCUGGAAUUUGCAAAUUUUCUUAACUGGAAAGAUAAAAUGCCUCUGAAAGAGUAUGAAGAGAGGGUUGUCGUUAAAGGUAGAAAACCAGAUUGUGCAAACCCUGCUGAGGCUAAUGACAAAGAAUCAGAACCAACCCUCCUGAUAAAGCCUGAAGACAUUGUCUUAAAUGAGAACUCAGAAAAGACUCUCCGGACACUUCUGAGGCCAAGCGAUAAAGUUUCCAGCCACUAUAAGACCUCUUCUUCUGAUAUCAAUGCGGUUGUAGGAGCUGUCCCUUCCAUUUGUUAUCCCAUCUAUGGUGUUCCAACUAUUCGGUCUGAUAUCCCUGCCCCCCGAAUUCGCCGCAUCGAUGAUAAAAAGAAUUAUGGUGACGAGGGCAAUGCCUAUUCAUUGCUAUAUCCUUCCAUCUUUGGCCAGAAAGGAGUGUUUGAAAGAGACUUCUUCCAAACCAGAUCCAAAAAAGAGAUUGCAGAGAUAUUAUGUAAGAUUGGUGUCAAGCUUUCUGAUGAAGAAUUUGAAAAUGUAUGGAAUCUUGCAUCAAAAAAACAUCACAGAGGAGAAGUCUGUAUGGAGACCAUUAGAAAUGUUCUAGAUGAGCUACGACAUGCAGAACGGGUUAAGUGUAAAACAACCAUGUGAUAUUUUGGGAGUUCAUUUAUUUAAAUAAAGGAAUUGUUAAAUCUAUGUUCACCUGAAAUGUUCAGUAUGUUCUGGUUUUAGCUAUUAUAUGAUAAUUCAGUAAUCACUGUGUUAGGACUCAUAUGCCUGU